UCCGGGGCUAGCGAAGCCAGCUCGACUAAAUCAGACAAGAAGCCUAAGUCGAGACGAAGCGUCGGUGACCUGGCCAUGCAGUUUAUGAGCAGCGGGCCCGCUAAAAGGGAUAGCCUCAAGGACGAGGACCUCGACUCCCUCGUCCGACUUUGUGGCAAGAGCAAGCUUACCCUACCGUCAGAGUACUCGCCCGGACCUCUGACGCUUCCGACGUGUAUUCGGGCUACGGCGCAGUAUUUGACUCAGAAUGGAACGGAGAUACGAGGUGUGUUCCGAGUCCCGGGCUCUGUCCGCGUCGUCAAUGAGCUUUACGCCCACUACUGUACCGAUGGUAAUGCAGAUGAAAUCUCCAGCACGACACACGCCCCAAACCUGCCGUCGCACAUCAAAGCCGGGGCGCAUGACGUUGCGUCCACCUUUAAACGCCUGAUAUCUGGCCUCCCUGGUGGCAUCCUGGGCUCUGUAUCGCUCUUUGAUGCCUUGGUCAGCAUUUACGAGUACCAAAAUAGGGAGCCAGAGACAUUGCAACCACAAGAUCCCAGAGUCAGCGCGAAGCUCAUUGCUUUAGCCAUCAACACCGUGAAGUCUGAGCUCCGCCGUGACCUCAUAUGCGCCGUGUUUGGCUUGCUGUGUCUCAUUGGUCAUGCGGCCGAAAAAGCGUCGCUGAAAACUCCGAGUGAGGGCGAGGAGGGGCAGCCAGUCCCAGGGUCCGACUACAUGGGCUACAAUGCACUGGGCAUUGUUUUUGGGCCAAUUCUCCUUGGGGAUCUUCUUGGAUUGUACAACGCACCAUCGUCAGCUACUGCCACAGCUGCCGGGUCGGCACAAUUUCCGGAAAUGCUACCUGAAGGGCAGCCGGGACAAAACAAAGGCAAGGCCCCGGAUGAUGGGACUCAGCAACUGACCUUAGGGGUUGAUAAUAUCCACCUGGCCAACAGCGUGACUGAGAUGGUCCUUAGUCACUGGAGACUGGUUGUAGGCCAAAUGAAACGUAUGGACGCGAUAAAGGCAGGAGUGUGGCCAGCUUCCUCCGAGGAGUAUGCCUUGCGAGCGCCACGGGUUCAGACGAGUGGGUUAGGUGGUGGAGAGCUAUCGGCGCCGCCGAGCCCGACACGAGGUUCUAGUGAGUUGAUGAGCUGA